UUGUAUUAUAAUUAUUUUUCUCUCUUCUUCCUUUCUUUCAAUAUCCAACACUCCAAUAUUCUUCAUCUCUGAUUAUUCCAAUGAGAACGUUGUGUCCCAAUUUGCAUAAUGAAGAUGGUCUAGAAACAGUUCUUGAAGUACCAAUUCCAGAAGAAAUGUUUGUUAAUUCAUCAAAUAAACAUAAGUCAUGGCAAAAUAUGAAAACUUGGAUAAAAAAUCAUAGUAGUAAUAAUCAUCAUGAUAUUACUACUAAUCAUGGUGCUGUUUCAGUUAUUGGUGGAAGAAAUGCUGAGAUUCAACUAUUGCUUGGUGUUGUUGCUGCUCCUUUAAUUCCUCAUCCUAUUAAAUGCAACAAUCAAUCUCUUAACAAAAACAUUAAUGAUCAUCCCAUUGAGGCUUCAAUGGCAAAAUAUCUAGUGCAACAAUACAUAGCUGCCGCGGGAGGAGAACAUGCUUUGAAUUCAAUUAAUAGUAUGUACGCGAUGGGGAAGGUGAAGAUGAUGGCGUCUGAAUUUAUUGAAGGAGAUGGUCUUGGAUUGAACAAUGGCAAAGUAAUGAAGAUCAAGACCGCGAAAAAUGGGGCAGGGGAAAUGGGAGGAUUCGUGUUGUGGCAAAAAAGACCUGAUCUUUGGAGCAUAGAGCUUGUAGUUUCAGGAUGUAAAAUCAGUGCUGGAAGUAAUGGUAACCUGUCUUGGAGGCAAACUCCAUGGCAUCAUUCUCACGCGUCUCGUGGUCCUGCUAGGCCUCUUCGUCGUUCCUUACAGGGUCUUGAUCCAAGGUCUACUGCUGAUAUGUUUUCUGAUUCGAUCUGCAUAGGCGAAAAAACAGUGCAUGGUGAAGAUUGUUUUGUACUAAAGUUUGAAGCAGAAUCCUCAUCUCUAAAGGCAAGAAGCAGUAGCAAUGUUGAAAUUAUGAGACAUACUGUUUGGGGCUAUUUUAGCCAAAGAAGAGGACUAUUAGUCCAACUUGAAGAUUCACAUCUUCUAAGACUAAAAUCCCCCAAAGAUGAUGUCUUUUGGGAAACAACAAUGGAAUCAUUGAUCCAAGAUUAUCGAACGACUGAUGGUGUUAACAUUGCAUAUGCUGGGAAGACAUGUGUUUCUUUAUUCAGAUUCGGCGAAAAUUCAGAAGGACACACAAGGACUAGGAUGGAAGAAGUUUGGACAAUUGAAGAAGUUGAUUUUAACAUAAAGGGACUAUCUUUAGAUUGUUUUUUGCCACCUAGUGACUUGAAGAAAGAAGAUGAUCAAGAAAUUAUAAGUGAUGAUGAUGAUGAUAUAAACAAGAAUUCAAGGCUUGAAUCCAAGAUUAUUAUUCAUCAUCCUAAUAAUCCUAGAUUUAUAACUGCUGUGAAAGGUGCUGCCAAAAUUGUGGCUAUUGAUGAAGAUUCAGAACACUAGUCUAUUGAGGCUAGCAGGGGAGGACUUGUAAAUAUCUAUGUUACUCUGACUCUUCAAAAAUGUUCGACGUAUGUGUGUCUGUACUUUUGAAGGAUCCGACAUGGAUGCAACGACACUUUUGAAGAGACUGAUCAAACAUAUAUAGAUAAGCUAUUUUGCUCGGACUCUUCAAAAAUGUCAACGGAUGUGUAUCUGAUCCUCCAAAACUAGAGUACUUUUGAAGGAUUUCGACAUGAAUGCAACAAUAUUUUUGAAGAGUCUGAUCAACAUAUGUAGAUAAGUACUAAUAUUCUGUGAUCAUUUUUGUACAUAGAGAAUCAUAGGAUAUGUUUUUUGUGUGAAGUGUUUUCAUAUAUACAUACACAUCUUAGUAACUCUGCUGAAUAUUUGAUUUGACUGUGAAUUUACUAGGGUCGUAUAAUUGUAUAAUAUACUU